AGCCCAAAAGGUCUUCGCUACUCCAGGUCAAAGCAUCUUCAUCAGAAGAAUCUGGUGCUGUUGAUUCUAGUGAAUUGUUGACUGAUCUAAAAGAAAAGUGGGAUGCUCUUGACAACAAGUCUACAGUUUUAAUUUAUGGAGGUGGAGCAAUUGUUACAGUUUGGCUGUCUUCAAUUAUUGUUGGUGCUAUCAACUCAGUUCCUUUGCUCCCAAAAAUCAUGGAGUUGGUAGGCCUUGGAUAUACUGGGUGGUUUGUCUACCGCUACCUUCUCUUCAAGUCGAGUAGAAAAGAAUUGGUUGAAGAUCUUGAGCAGUUGAAGAAGAAGAUUGCAGGAACUGAAUAAAUGCCAGCACCAAUUCUGUACAAGGCAUAUGCUCGUGUGAAGUAGAGUAGAUUUUGAUGUAAUGUUCUUUUAUCUCGAGUAACAUCUUCAAAUAAGAUUCUGUAUUUAUCUUACAGUUCAUUAUGCUUAUAAAUCAUAUAUAGUAUUCCCUUCGUUUCUAUGAA